AUGAGUUAUAAUAGUUGUGAUAAGUGCCAUGUUAAAGGAACAAUGCGUAAGUUAUUGUAUUUAUGGUGUUUUGAUUCACAGUCUGGAAAUAAAUUGUCAGCAAAAGAUGUAUCAAAAAUAUCAGAACACUUACUUCUGCAAAAGUCAUAUAUUCCGUCUGAAUUUACUAGAAAACCAAGAUCUCUUACUGAAGUUAAAAGGUGGAAAGCCACAGAGUUUAGACAAUUUCUAUUUUACACUGGACCUAUUGUACUAAAAUCAGUUUUAUCUUCUAGUUUAUACAAAAAUUUUUUAGCCCUUUCUAUUGCAUGCAUGCUCUUAACAAAUCCAAAAUAUGCUAAACAUACAGACUUGGCCCAAACUCUAAUGAAAUAUUUUGUUCAUUCUUUUAUAGUCCUAUACGGAGAGAAGCAUGUAUCUCAUAACAUUCAUAAUUUGCUACAUAUUUCUAAAGAUGUCAAUUAUAUGGGAGUUUUAGACAAAUUUAGUACUUUUCCAUUUGAGAACAUCCUUCAAAAGCUCAAAAAUCUAGUGAGAAAAGGAGAUAAUCCUUUGGCUCAGGUUGUAAAAAGAAUUAUAGUAAUUAAUUAUCAUAAGCGGGUUAAUAAAGUAAAUAUUGAAAUUGAAAAAAAAUUUACAACAAAACGACAACAUGAUAAAGGACCAUUAGUUCAGAAUGCUACCUUUCCUCAGUUUGAGUCACUUAUUUUUAAUGAAUUUACCCUAAAAAUCAUUGAACCAGAUAAUUGUUGUGCUUUAAAAGAUGGUAUUUUAGUCACUAUUCAAAAUUUUGCCAGUUUGAAUGGAGAUAUUGUUAUUAUUGGCUAUAAUGUUAUCAUGAAAACCUGGACAGUAGUUAGAUUUUUAAAAGAUGGCUCAGUAGAGGCUGUGCCAACAAAUUGGCUAAGCGGCAAUACCUGUUCUUGGCCACAUUAUGAGGCCAAUAAAUUAGGAAAGGCCCUAAAAAAUGGUGUCCCACCUUUACCUACGUGGGAAAAACAUGAAAUAAGUUCAUUUAGAAAUGCGACAUAUGAUGAUUACAGUAUUGCAAGGAGGAAGUGCCAGAAGGCGGAGGAAACAUCGGACCUAAACUCAUCAGAUAAUAGGCCUGGCAGACGCCGUCCUCCUACAAAGUUUGCCACCACUAGUAGCAGCAGCAGUGAGUCAGAGAGUGCUAAGGGGCAUAAAAAUACCCAAAGCAAUCUUCCAAAAAUGCCUGAAUUUGCAUUAAGUAAAGCAUCAGGUGAUUCAGAUUCUUUGCAGGAAGAGGUUGGUGCGAAAGAAUCCAUGGAAGAUGUAGACACAGAAUAUCUAAAACACAUCCUGAGAAAAUUAAAUAUGUUAGAAUUAAUUGUUACUGACUUACGGGCUGAAGUCAGUAAUCUUUCGAAGAUAUCUACAUCAUCACCCCGAGAACUCCAAGAACAGCCAACUCUUUUGAAUAUAUGGGAAAAUUUCUCCCUGCCUUUGGAUUCGGAAGAAGAGUUUGCAAAUUUUGAGGAUUUUUGA